AUGUCUAGAGCCACAGCGCGAUCGUCUGCGCUCGUUGGGAAAGCCAUCACUGCACCCAUACGAUCAUGCAGACCACGAAUACGAUGUCCUGGAUGUUUCCGACCGAUACCUCAAUCAAUACCCCUCGAACCACAACGACGGUUAUACCAUGGAUCGCAUAGGCGAAGUCAGUCUGCUGUAUCGGCGGCGGUCAUCAAGGCGAAAGAGCUGUUCAGUGGCCCACCGCCGCCAGGACCGAUGGGUAUCGAUCCUCUGAGGAGUGUUGCGAAGGAGAUGAAAUUCAUGACUGGUAAUAUACGGCAACUGCUGGGUUCCGGACAUCCGAUGUUGGAUACUGUCUCGAAAUACUAUACACAAUCAGAGGGCAAAUACAUAAGGCCAAUGCUUGUGCUUCUCAUGUCGCAAGCCACAGCAACGCUACCGAAGCAGGGAAGAUUAUGGUCCAGGGGCAUGGAAGACGUAGAUCACCCGAUCACUUCAUCCACGGUGCUCGCAGACACCAACCCGAGCUCUCCUCUUACUGCCCAGAAUCUCGAUAAUGGCGACGCUGCUGAUCCAUCAGUUCUUCCUUCUCAGCGACGACUAGCAGAGAUCACAGAGCUGAUACACACCGCAUCGCUGUUACACGAUGAUGUGAUCGAUACGUCAAUCUCGAGGAGAGGGAACACUUCGGCAAACAUCGAAUUUGGCAACAAGAUGGCUGUUCUGGCCGGGGAUUUUCUCCUUGGUCGAGCUUCUGUAGCGUUGGCACGUUUACGUGAUCCUGAGGUCACAGAGCUGCUUGCAACGGUCAUUGCGAACCUGGUGGAAGGAGAGUUCAUGCAAUUGAAGAACACCGUGCUCGACGAGAAGGACCCGGUGUGGAGUGAGGAUACUAUCACAUACUACCUGCAAAAGACAUACCUAAAAUCAGCCAGUCUGAUUAGCAAAUCAUGUCGAGCAGCGGCUUUGCUAGGUGACCAUACCACGGAGACUGUGGAGGCUGCAUACCAGUACGGAAAGAACCUAGGUCUAGCGUUCCAGCUUGUGGACGAUAUGCUGGAUUAUACUGUGAGCGGUGUUGAGCUCGGUAAGCCCGCUGGUGCUGAUCUAGAGCUUGGUCUCGCUACGGCACCUCUACUGUUUGCAUGGAAGAACAAUAGCGAGCUCGGUACACUUGUCGGUAGGAAGUUCGCAAGCCCUGGUGACGUGCAAAUGGCCCGUGAGAUGGUCGUGCGAAGUGAUGGUAUCGAACAGACACGUGCCCUUGCCCAGGACUAUGUUGACAGAGCCGCCCGAGCAAUCUCUGGCUUUCCUGAGUGCGAAGCGAAACAUGGGCUGAUCGAUAUGUGCUCGAAGGUCAUGAGUAGGCGAAAGUGA